UCGGCUUGGAAAAUACAACCGCCAAGAUUGAGCCCAGCAGCUGGAGCGGCAGCGAGAGCCCUGCCGAGAACAUGGAGAGGAUGAGUGACUCUGCAGAUAAGCCCAUUGACAAUGACGCCGAGGGUGUAUGGAGCCCCGACAUCGAGCAGAGCUUUCAGGAAGCCCUGGCCAUCUAUCCGCCAUGUGGCAGGAGGAAAAUCAUCUUAUCCGACGAAGGCAAAAUGUAUGGUAGGAAUGAAUUGAUAGCCAGAUACAUCAAACUCAGGACAGGGAAGACAAGGACCAGAAAACAGGUGUCUAGUCAUAUACAGGUCUUAGCAAGAAAGAAAGUUCGAGAAAUUCAAGCCGCCAUUAAGGUGUCUAGUCACAUUCAGGUUCUUGCCAGAAGGAAAUCUCGUGAUUUUCAUUCCAAGCUAAAGGUAACGAGCAUGGAUCAGACUGCGAAGGAUAAGGCCCUGCAGCACAUGGCGGCCAUGUCCUCAGCUCAGAUCGUCUCGGCCACUGCCAUUCACAACAAGCUGGGGCUGCCUGGGAUUCCACGCCCGACCUUCCCAGGGGCGCCGGGGUUCUGGCCAGGAAUGAUACAAACAGGGCAGCCAGGAUCCUCCCAAGACGUCAAGCCCUUCGUGCAACAGGCCUACCCCAUCCAGCCGGCAGUCACAGCGCCCAUUCCAGGAUUUGAACCUGCAUCAGCCCCAGCUCCCUCGGUCCCUGCCUGGCAAGGCCGUUCCAUUGGCACAACCAAGCUUCGCCUGGUAGAAUUUUCAGCAUUUCUCGAGCAGCAACGAGACCCAGACUCGUACAACAAACACCUCUUCGUGCACAUUGGGCAUGCCAACCAUUCUUACAGUGACCCAUUGCUCGAAUCAGUGGAUAUUCGUCAGAUUUAUGACAAAUUUCCUGAAAAGAAAGGUGGCUUGAAGGAGCUAUUUGGAAAGGGCCCUCAAAAUGCCUUCUUCCUCGUAAAAUUCUGGGCUGAUUUGAACUGCAAUAUUCAAGACGAUGCCGGGGCUUUUUACGGUGUCACCAGUCAGUACGAGAGCUCGGAAAACAUGACCGUCACCUGCUCCACCAAAGUUUGCUCCUUUGGGAAGCAAGUAGUAGAAAAAGUAGAGACGGAGUAUGCAAGGUUUGAGAACGGCCGAUUUGUAUACCGAAUAAACCGUUCCCCGAUGUGUGAAUACAUGAUCAACUUCAUCCACAAGCUCAAACACUUACCGGAGAAAUAUAUGAUGAACAGUGUUUUGGAAAACUUCACCAUUUUAUUGGUGGUAACAAACAGGGACACACAAGAAACUCUCCUGUGCAUGGCCUGUGUGUUUGAAGUAUCAAAUAGUGAACAUGGAGCACAGCAUCAUAUUUACAGGCUCGUAAAGGACUGAGCAUGGUUAUUUAUAUAUAUAGAGAUCUGUAUAUAUACACACAUACACAUCUGUGCACACACACACUCUCUCUCCACUCUUGGGUGACUGACUGCAAACCUCACCACUCUGGGUGGUGCCCUGGCCCCGAGGCCACCCCAACUUUUCUAACUCCUGUCUGAGUGAAGUCAUUUUUCCGUGUGUUGAUGCUCUCACUGUAGCUGUGAAGUUCUGGUACAGUUGUAAAAAAGAGAAAUCCAGUUGUUUCUGUGUGUCCCUCAGAUCUUCAGCCCACAGUUUCCUCGGGAAAGGGGAACCUUAACCCACGUCUCUCUUUCUUGAUUGUGGUAGAAAAUACUGAGACAGAGCAUUGGCCGUGGGACAUUUCCAGCCUUUAUACAAGUGUAGUUUUUUGUUUUUUGGAUUUUUGUUGUUGUUGUUGUUCUUUUUUUUUUUCCAACAUAAAAUUCUUGUUUUAAGAU